AUGGAGGAGCUUCCCCAAUCAGAAGCGACUCAAGCCCUUGAUCCAGCCUACCGGGAAUCGGUCCGUCGCGCGUCAAAAAUUGACCUUUACUUGUCGGUACGUGCGAAGGUGAUCAGCCUGAAAGAGAUGCUCACCAAGGAAUGCACUUGCCAAGGCACCGUCGACCACAUCCGGCUCUGGAUCUUGCGGAGCCAGUACGACGGUGCCCCUCAGAAAGACCAUGGCACACCGCCUGCUCCUCGACUGGGUGUGCAAGGCCUACUUCACCCUCGUCCUCUUCUUGCAGCUCCCCAGGAAGAACAGGAUGCGCCCGGGUUGAUUCAACUGGUUGAUGCAAUGUGA